GUAAUGAUGGAGUCGCCUCGCCACGAAUCUCUCUCUGCGCAUGUGCGCUUUCAGAAGCAGCAGAAGGGAAGAUGGCGGGCACCAGCUCAGUUGCCGGGGAUGUGUUUGUGGACGCUUUGCCUUAUUUCGAUCAGGGAUACGACGCUGCUGGCGUGCGAGAGGCGGCGGCCGCGCUAGUGGAAGAGGAGACGCGGCGCUACAGACCCACGAAGAAUUACCUGAGUUACCUGCCCACGCCAGACUUCUCUACCUUCGAGACAGAAAUCAUGCGCAAUGAGUUUGAGAGGUUAGCAGCCAGACAGCCUAUGGAACUCCUGGGCAUGAAGAGGUAUGAGUUGCCGGCCCCCUCGUCAGGACAGAAGAAUGACAUCACAGCGUGGCAGGACUGCGUGAACAACUCGAUGGCUCAGCUGGAGCACCAGGCGGUCCGCAUUGAGAACCUGGAACUCAUGUCUCAGUACGGCAGCAACAGCUGGAAGCUGUACAACGAAAACCUGAUGCACUUGAUAGAGCUGUCACAGAAGGAGCUACAGAGGGUCAGGAAGGAGAUUCAAGACCUGAACUGGCAGAGGAAAAAUGACCAGAUGAAAGGAGGAGCCAAACUGCGAGAGCUGGAGUCCAACUGGGUGUCGCUGGUCAGCAAGAACUACGAGAUCGAGCGAGCCAUCGUGCAGCUGGAGAGCGAGCUGUGCCAGCUGAACCAGCAGCACGGGGACGAGAACAAGGAGAACAUCCGGCAGGACUUCUGAGCAGAGGGAGGGAGAGAGGGAGGGAGAGCACCUCCACACACAGGGACGAGCGCCUUGCAUGUGCUGGGUGCUGCUGGAACACACGCCUCUCCGGUCUGCUGAUAGGGCAGGAUUGUACACAGUGACAGCAUAGAGUUCAGUUGCACCUCGCAGCCUGUGUGUUAAUACCACACUCCCCUGUCUUGGUGGGACUGAACACUUUGCAUUGCAAUAAACGUUGGCGCCCCGUGGUACUGUCAGAAAUGUGUUUUUAACAUCCAUCCCCGUGGCUUCAGGCUCAAUACCUCUUCUAUAGGAGUUUGACAGACCCUGAUCAGCACUGCUCCUCCCCUGCCUUCCCCCAAGUCAGUGGUAGUUGGGAGGGGAGGGGUCUGUUGGUUGUCAGCCUCCUAGUUCUAGCGGGAACACCCCAGCCUACAGCGUAACUAUCUUUUAGCUGCACUACAGGCUAAACAAGAUGAAUUUUAUAACCGUCUCCCCCCAUCUCUGUCACUUUCAUACCACGAGUUAUCCUAAUGCCAUGUGAUUUAUGCUUUUAUGUUUUCUGAAUAUCCAGAAGAGAAAAAAUAUAGCACACCUGCAUCAUCACAAUGUGUUGGUUGUUUUUCUAGAAGGUCUUUAAAUAAAGUUUUUUUUUUUUUUUUAA